ACUCGGACAGGUUCGGUUGUGUAGCGUUUCGGGUUUUCCGUAAGCGGCGAGUUUUUUUCCUCCUUGGCAUUGCCUGACACUCAAUUGUGAAAGUGGUUUUAUGGACCUCUGAUUGAGUUAUAAUUGGAGGUGCGAAUCGUUCCCAUUUGUGGCAUAAUGAAUGGAUUAAGUAAGCUGCUUUAUCGGGGAGGAUAAUUCGGUAGGACAAAAGCAUCGAAAGUCUGAAGGAAUUCUGAGGUGGUUUAGAGGGUAUAAUGGAAUGAAAAAAGUGUGGUGGUGUGAGCGUGAAGGUCCUGGAUGGAAAAGGGAGGUGAAGUGAGUCGUGACAGGAGCACUAGAUAUUUCUGACAAGGAUUCGUCUGGAUGCGGUUUCGGAAAUGGAGCUUUCCCAAAAAUUCGGUCACAUGAAAAAGAAGAUAGCCGUCCAAAAGGAUAAAGCAAUGUGGUUGCUCUGAUCUGUCAUUGAGUGACUCGUUAUCAGCUCAGUAGCGAAAAGAGCAGCACUCGGUCGACGAAUGUCUGCAACGCAGAAAGAGGGACGGUGCUCGCGUGAGGAAAAAGUGAUUAAUCCAGCACAGUGAUGGAAAAUUGAUGUAUUUAGCGCCGAUAAAGGUGCGACAGGAAGUGUGUAUCGGGAGUAAUCGCGUGAACGCUUCAACGACUCCAGCCUUUGAUGGUGUGCCUGGCAAAACAUAUAUCAAACCAUGUGUAAAUAUUGUGCAAAUGGGAGAGUGGAGUGACGUGAUUUCCCUCCCAGCCACCCUUUCGUCGGGAAAUCUCCCGUAGACACACGUAUUCUUCGAUUGCACUGCGAUAAUCCAUCAUGCAACCGUGUUUCCGUAAGUCUCAGCCGUAGUAGUCGGGCAGGUGCCGUUGUCACCUUUUCUAGAAAGUAGGCUGUGGAGAUUCUCCCUUCUCAGUUCGCAGGAUAACUGUUCCCAGCUGCUAUUCCGCCUACUUUGCGCUAAAGUGAAAGUGUCUCCAGGCAAUUGUUCGGUGAAAUAUGUGCAAGUGUGUACCCGCUCCCGAUUUGAGUGUUUAUACCGAUUUGUGGAAAAUAUGCUCUUUCGGCGAAAUGUGCAAAUCGAAAGAUAACAACCUCUUGGCAGGAGUGUAAUUCGCUGGUAAAAGUGGGACAACAUUAGAUAAGGAUACACAUCUCGCUCGUACGCACGCGAAGUUGGCAGUGAUUUGCACAGCGCCGGCUGAAGGUCGAUCAAACCCGAGGAUAUAAGCUCUAAGCUUCCGUUCGUAUUGCGGUGAACGUUUUUUGUCCUCGGAAAGGACAUGCAAGAGAGAUAUCCAUUUCGUCGGCUCCAGCGAACGGUGAUGAUAAUGUGCGCUAGUUUUUUGACUGAGCAGUGAAUAAAGAAGCCCCCCUCUUCAGGGUGGUGAAUAGUCAGUCGCGUACUCAAUUGACGAACAAAACCUUCGCCCCCCCGCCCAUUACAACUCGGUGUCGAUUAUAAACAACCUAAUAUCGGUGUGGAAGAUUCCAGAAAUUGGCGGGCGCGGAGUCCGGAUAGGUGUGUAUCUACGCUUGGAAGAAUCCCGGGAAUUGCUGGAUGCUGUAGAGUCGUUUCGGUAGAUUGUCACACGUGUGCAAACAUCCAUCCACCCAAUUCGGGUAACGAAGAGGCGGCGAAGUGUAAUGAAAAUUUAUGAAUCGGUUAUGCUAUGGAUGGAAAGUUGUAAGUGAGUUUCAGCGGAGCUCAUCGCCUACGCCACCUUCAGGUGAUAAAUUAGUGAAAAGCUUGGGGGAAAAGCUGGCGGGAAGUGAGAGUCGCAUAAAGUGCUUGGAAGAUCACGUGAAUUAUUACGGGAGUGUCGUCUGCAAUUAGCCGGCAUCAAGUAUUGGAUUAGUGUCAGUCAACGCUGAAGAAUACGGAGAAGAUGAAAAGUGAGUGUGGGUGGAAGGUGGUAAUUGUGUCGUCGUAAAUCCAGUCAGCAGUCACUGCGCGGCAAAGGCAAAAUAAAUACGAAGGGAUUUGUCCCCAGCUGUUCCCAGAGCUUCCCCCGAGGGAAGCGAAAAGGAUCCGGAAAAGUAUAACUAUAAUUCCUGGUGUCAGAAGUUUAUAAAUAAUCGUUGGCAAGCUGGCUCGGGUCUAGUGGAGUGGAGCUUCCUGGUGAUUAAAGCGAGUGGUCAGUGUAUAAUUUUUCGGGGUUUGUGCGACAAAAGUUGCUGAAGAAAGGCACACGGAUAACCACCACCAGCAGUAGUAACCAGUAGCUGCCGGGGAGCAGAAUGGGCUGCGGGCAGAGCAAGAUCCAUCUCUAUCCGAGGAAAAACAAGAGCAAAUCCAACGGCAAGAAAAGUGGUCACAUAGAGGACGCCGACGCGGACGAGGAAGAUGGACACAACGGGCGGGACGAGCGGGACCGCGAAAUCAACGGCGAGAAGGAAAAACUGGACGAGGACGGCUCGCUGCGGGACGACGGCUCACCGGAACCACCCAACGGCGAGAUUGUGUCGAUACUGCGGAAAAACGGAUCGCUUCUCCAGAGCCAGUACGUUUCAGCUUCCGGGGAAAUUUCGUCUAGUCAGCAAAACUUUUUCAGGAUGUUGGACCAGAAGAUUGAAGAGGGUCCCGACUACGACUCGAGCAGCGAAACCGAACAGGCACUGGAGGAAGCCCGGAUGAACGCCCUGGUGCAGCACUGGGAAUCCGCCAGCCUGACGACGUCAAUGUGUUCUUCCACCAGUCGAUCACUUCAGGGAACUCCGGUACGACAGGUGCCACUGAGACAGCCUCCACUGAGGCCAUCUUUCCAGCAACCGCUCAGCGCAGAACUUCUCUCGCAGCAGCAGUUGCUCAAACAGCAGCACCAGCUGAUCCUGCAACACCACCAGCAACAGCAGCAGCAACAGCAACAUCAACAACAACAGCUGCAGUUGAUGCAACCACAGCAGCAACAACAACAGCAACAGCAAAUCAUACACCAAAACUUCAACAUCAACAUGAACAUCAACAGUCCGAAACGGGUGGUCGGCACCGGAAAUGCUGUCAGUGUCGGAGGAAUCCCAGUCAGUUUAGACGGCCGACAACUGCUGUCGCAAACCAUCAUCCACCAGAACUACGGCGUGAUACAACCGUCUCAAACGGCGCCACAGCUGCGCCCCAGUUCCGGCCGGACACUUCCCACGCCGGUCCAGUGUCUACAGCUGUCGUACUACCAACAGCAGCAACAACAGCAACUGCAGGCCCAUCAACAGCAGCAACAACUUCAGCAGCAACAAUCGCAACAAUUGGCGCUGACUGGUGGCGGCAGUGGAAGUGCGGCCACGAUAGGAUCCAUACAACCAUUCCAGCAGCAACAGCAAUCGUUACCACCACCACAUUCGUACUACAAUGAUAUUCUGAGGCAUCCCCUACAGCUCUCCUCGGGCCUGGGGCAAUCGCAACAGCAGCAAUCCUCAUCCAGCAUAUCGUCGGUCUCGUCCGCACUGGCAGCCGGACCAGGACCCUCGUCCUCGUCCCUCUCGUCGGUGGUCGCGGUUGGCACCAGCGGGAGUCUCCUCUCCUCCAGUGCCACGCUGCAGCAGCAAACUCCACCCUCCGAUGCACCCCGUUUCCCACCGGCCAUCUCGGUCCAACGUCUAGCACCGCAAGUUCAACGCCAAAUCCGCGAAACGCAGGAACUGAUCAAGGACUCCUGCUCGCAGCUGUACUCCACCGGCUACGGCAGCCCAGGACCACCCCCGAUGGCCCCACUCCGGACAAGUGCGUCGGCAGCGGCAGCCAGGGCCGCUUCGGUCAACAGGCGAACAGCGGCACCACCCCCGACGACGCUGGAGACGCAGUAUUCGCAGGAACUUUCGUGAUAUCUAGAAAAGUAGUGAAAAUUCUAUUUGUAAUUCAAACGUACGGAUAUUUUUUAACAAGCCAACUUAACCUGAAUGCGAGAA